AUGCGGCUCCUGCUGCUGCUCGCCUGGGCGCUGCUGCCAGGCUGCUGGGCAGUGAAGGGGCCCAGCACCGUGCGGGGAUUCCUGGGGGGGUCCCUCUCGGUGAACUGCACGUACCAGCGCGGCCAGGAGAAGAAGCCGAAAUUCUGGUGCCAACCGGGAGCAGUUUACGCCUGUGCUGCUGACAUCGUCAUCACCUCGGUGCUGUGGCCCAGGGCACGGCAGGACCGAUUCUCCAUCUGGGACGAUCGCGCACGGCGGGUGUUCACGGUGACGGUGGAGGGCCUGGCCGAGGGGGACGCGGGCAUCUACCGCUGCGGGGUGCGAACGAGCAAAACCGAGCGUGAUGAGAGUGACGAUGUGGAGGUGAUCGUGUCCCCAGGUCAGUCCCUGCACGUCCCACCCCGCCCCUAUGGUACGUGGGGUGCGGGGGGAUGGAGAGAGACAAGGGCGGCUCAGCGCCCGGCAGGCACCCGCUGCAUCUGUCCCCUCUUCGCAUUUGCAGCCCCGGCGCUCAGCCCGGACGCUCCGCGGGGGACCCCCGACCCCUUCCGCUACUUCCCGGUGCUGGCGGGGCUGGAGAUACUGGCGAUGCUGGCCAUGAGCGGAGCCGUGCUCUGGGUCAGCCUGCGGGGCGGCUGA